AUGCCCUCUUAUCUCGCGAUCGCGUCUGCAGUGCUUCUGGCCCUCAGUGCAGUUGCUUCUACUUCUCCUGCCCAGGCAUUGCGAAAAUACAUCGCGCGGAUCGUGUGCCCAAGGCAACCAGGCUGCGUGGACAGAGGUCCUGACUUCAGCGAAUGUCCUGAGCAACCCCUCAUCAUAUCCUUGGGAGGUCCCAUUAUAUACGGUUUCAAGUUUGCGAGGUUUCUCGGCUGUCUGGCGUUUCUGGGGCUUUGUAUAGCCUCCUUGUUGAAAUCGUCCGAACAAAGUUCUCCGGCACUCAAAGUUUUGGAUCAACCACAACUCGCAGUCUGCGCAACCGCUGCAUACGCCUCUGUCUUGGGAUUGAUCUCGGUUACGACGAAACUUAACCACAGUCGCGCCGCUUCUGCCCACCUUGUGGUCGUGCUCCUCGCGUUAUUUUCUGUGUAUGCCCACCGGGAUUUGUAUCCCCUGUUAACGUUUACAGAGGAGCCACGGGAUUCGCAAGAGGGCCGCUUACUUUGGGCCAAACUCGUCAUAUUGACGAUGACCAGUAUCGUUUUACCUGUCAUGUGCCCUACUCAGUAUAUUCCUGUUGACCCGAAAUAUCCCUCCGAGUUCCCUCAUCCCGAACAAACAACAUCUUGGUUGUCCUUCUCUCUGUACACUUGGCUAGACCCCAUCGUCUUCAAGGCGCAGCGCGUAACACAUCUGGCCCGUAACCAAUUGCCGCCUCUUGCUGACUACGACUACGCUCGCAAUCUAAGAAAGCAGAGUUUUCCACAUUUGGACCCUUUCGUUGGCGGGGGGAAGCGACAUCUCUUCUUUGGGCUUAUGAGGGUGUUCCGCACCGAGUAUACAAUCAUGACGUUUCUGGUUGUCCUCCGUGUCAUUUCCACACUCGCUGCCCCCGUUAGCAUUAACAAGCUUCUUGAAUAUUUGGAGACUGGUGGCGUAGGUGCCACUAUCCGCCCAUGGGUUUGGAUUGUAGCCAUUUUUGCUGGGCAAUUCUUUGGGUCCAUAAUCUUCCAGUGGUAUAUAUUCCUGACUACCCGUUCGAUUGUUCGCGCCGAAUGCAUUAUUACGCAACUCGUGUUCGAACAUGCUUUGAGGAUUCGCAUGAAAGCUGAACUUCCGGAUACUGACAAAGGCUCUGCUGAUUCCACAGUAACUACUCCAGAUAGCGCUUCCGUUUCGGAGUCUGCUACUGCUGUGGAGAGUAGCCGUGAAGGCAGCCCUGACGAGGGUCGAUCCUCUACGACUGACGUAGCGGCGUCAGUGACGAAUGGAAAGCCACAGUCCGAAGGCAAACGAGGAGAUACCGGUGGCGAGAAGUCUGCAUCGAGUACGGAAAAUUUCGUUGGCAAGAUCAACAACCUCAUUACCACCGAUCUGGGCAACAUCACAGACGGACGUGAUUUCCUCCUUUUCUUUCCCUAUGUACCUUUGCAACUGGUCUUAUGUACUUGGUUCCUAUACCAUAUUUUGGAUUGGAGUGCUUUCGUUGGUCUUGCUGUCAUGGUUCUGUUGUUCCCUCUGCCUGGCAUGGUAGCUAAAAAGAUACAGAGUGUCCAGCGGACUAAAAUGGAAAAGACCGAUGCGAGAGUGCAGACUGUCACCGAAACUAUGAAUGCAUUACGUAUGAUCAAACUCUUCGGUUGGGAGAAGAAAAUGAACGAACGCAUUUGCGAAAAACGAGAGAUUGAGCUCGUGUGGACAUGGAAGUACCGACUUUUGGACCUCGCCAACAAUACCUUGAAUUUCGUUAUUCCUUUGUUCACCAUGAUGGCCUGUUAUACAACAUACACUGUUGUCAUGGGAAAGCAAUUAACCGCAUCACGGGUCUUCUCUUCUAUGACAGUUUUUGACAUUAUGAGAGGCCAACUCGCCAUGAUAUUCUGGAUGUUACCCCCCAUCAUACAAGCUAAGGUCUCACUCGGUCGUAUCAAUGACUUCCUCAAUAACACCGAGCUUCUGGAUGAAUACGCUUCCCACGGAGAAGACCAGCCCCAGAUAUUCCCAGCUGAGAUCAGGGACGAAAAUUCAGAAGUCAUAGGUUUCCGAGACGCGAUUUUCACCUGGUCGAAUGAAUCAAACGGGACAUUGACACAGAGUAGGCGCAAGUUCAAGCUGCGGACCGGCAGCGAGGUCCUUUUCAAGCGAGGUUGCAUGAAUAUCGUUGUUGGGCCGACAGGUUCAGGGAAGACCUCAUUACUCAUGGCUUUGCUUGGCGAAAUGCAUUUCGUGCCUUCCAGUCCCAAUUCAUGGUAUAAUCUUCCACGAAAGGGGGGUGUAGCUUACGCCCCUCAGGAGUCAUGGGUGCAGAAUGAAACUAUCAGAGAUAAUAUCCUUUUCGGAGCGCCUUACAAUGAAGCACGCUAUAAAAAAGUCAUUUAUCAAUGUGCACUCGAGCGUGAUUUGGAGCUCUUCGAAGCCGGCGAUUGCACCGAAGUGGGUGAAAAGGGGCUCACAUUGAGUGGCGGCCAGAAGGCGAGGGUCACGCUUGCUCGAGCUAUCUACAGUAACGCAGAAAUUCUGCUUUUGGACGAUGUUCUAGCUGCGUUGGACGUUCACACGUCUAAGUGGAUUGUUGGGAAGUGUUUUGCUGGUGACCUGGUUAAAAAUCGCACAAUCAUUCUUGUGACUCACAACGUAGCCAUGGUCAGCCCGGUGGCGCAAUUUGUGGUGUCGCUCGCUUCGAAUGGUCGCAUUGCUAGCCAAGGAACUCUUUCGGAGGCAAUCGCCACAGAUGACAAACUGGCUGCGGAAGUUGCAAAGGAGCAGAAAGGUUUGGAAAUAGAAGAGGAAGUUAUCGUCAGCGCUGAGCAGGCGCCGCCGAAGAAAGGAGAAGGAAAACUCGUCUUGGAAGAGGAAAUUCUGGAAGGACGCGUUUCUUGGUCUGCGCUAAAACUCUAUUUCGCCGGUCUCGGUGGAGGUCAUACCAUGCUGUUCUGGUUCGCGUUUCUGUUCUUGAUGUCAGCAACUGAAGUUGUAGGCGUAGUGCAAACUUGGUUCCUUGGCUACUGGGCUUCACAGUAUGAGUACAGGUUGCCAUCCGAGGUGGAUGUCAAAUUCUACUUGUCUGUGUACGGCGCCCUUCUUCUGCUUGGCUGUUGCUUGUAUAUCCCUGGGUUCAUACUGUACUACCGGGGCACGUUGAGGGCAUCGCGGGCAAUCCACAAGAAACUCGUUGAAGCUAUUUUGGGUACCACGUUAAGAUGGCUUGACACUACGCCCACUUCGCGCGUCAUUACUCGCUGUACACAAGACAUUCGCGCAACCGAUGGACCCUUUGCUCAGGAACUUUCGUGGGUCGUGGAACUCACCAUCAGCCUCCUAUUCAAGCUUGGUGCAGUCGUUCUCUUUACCCCUUUAUUCCUUCUGCCAGGGGUACUUGUGGGCGUUGUCGGUACAUGGGUUGGCCGGAUUUACAUGAAAGCUCAACUGUCGGUGAAACGGGAGAUGAGCAAUGCGAAGGCGCCCGUUCUUGGCCAUUUCGGCGCGGCUAUUGCAGGAUUGACGUCCAUUCGAGCUUAUGGAGCGCAAGAUGCUUUCAGGCUUCAGUCUCUGGACCGUAUUGAUUGCUACUCGAGGUCGGCACGCAUGUUCUACAACUUAAACCGAUGGGUUUGCAUCCGUAUCGAUUUCAUCGGUGGACUGUUUACUAGCGCUCUUGCAGCCUACCUUGUUUACAGGGCGCACUUCCGAAGCUGGCAACGUCGGUUUCUCUCUGAACAUGGCUGCUCCAUGAUAUUGUUCUGGGUCCGCAUCUUGAACAAUGCUGAGGUAGACGGCAACAGCGUUGAGCGUAUCAACAGCUACAUCAACAUAGAGCAAGAACCCAAGCCAAUCGAGGGAGGACAGCCUCCAGCCCACUGGCCUACAGGUGGUGACCUCACCGUCGAAAUGCUCUCUGCUCGCUACUCGGGUGAUGGCCCGAAAGUCUUGCACGACCUGUCUUUCCAUGUUAAAUCAGGAGAGAGAGUUGGUAUUGUUGGGAGGACGGGAAGUGGAAAGAGUUCGCUAACCCUGUCGCUAUUACGUUGUAUCCCAACCGAAGGAAAUGUUUACUACAACGGGAUCCCUACGAGCGGUAUUAACCUUGAUGCCCUUCGCUCUAACAUCACGAUCAUCCCUCAGAUCCCCGAACUACUGAGCGGAACCCUUCGCCAGAAUCUCGAUCCGUUCGACCAGCAUGACGAUGCCACCCUUAACAAUGCACUGCGCUCGGCUGGCCUCUUCGCCAUCCAAGAUGAUUUGGACGAUGGUAGACUGACUCUUGAUAGUGCCAUCGCAGGGGGUGGUAGCAACCUUUCCGUUGGCCAGCGUCAGAUCAUUGCGCUUGCACGAGCCAUGGUCAGAGGAAGCAAGUUGCUUAUACUGGAUGAAGCGACGUCUGCCAUAGAUUACAAGACAGACACGGCGAUCCAAACUUCUCUCCGGCAUGAGAUGCGGAACGUUACCCAGCUGAUCAUUGCGCAUCGUCUGCAGACUAUCAUGGACGCUGACAAAAUUAUGGUACUUGACGCGGGAAGAAUUGUCGAGUUUGGGAGUCCCAAAGAACUACUUCAGAACGAGCGGGGAAGUUUUCGUGCCCUCGUCGAUCAGAGCGGCGACGAAGAUGUACUGUAUGCCAUGGCAGAUGGGGAGGAAACGACCACUUAAAUCCCAGAAGGAACUUAAGAGAAUACUUUGAACGUAGAAAUAUUUCAAGGGCAGAUUGUAUUUACUCAUAAAUAGACAUUCGCCAACCUAGUGAUUGUGAAUGUCGUUCAUGUGUCAUGGUGUAAUUGCUCCAGGCUUGGCACCAAAGAGCUCGCGCUUGCUCAGUCGAUGGUUAACGACAAGCCUCCCGAUGGAAGAACUUGGACAAUUAAGCUGGAUGCCUGUCAGUCGACGAAAUCUUCGUGCACUAGUAGUGCUCUUACUGCUCGAGGUUAUCCACGACGAAAUCGGGCUUCUCGUCACCGGCCCGAGUCUCUAAGAAUUCACGGGUAUGAUUGGUGCAAACUGCAAGCGUAGCAGCACCGGCCCUCCGUCCUGCGGUGAGACCUGAUGGAGCAUCUUCGAUGACAAGACCUGCAAGAUCCCAUCGGUCAGUCAACAGCCCCAUAAACUCGGAGAGAAGACCCGGCAACAUUUAGUAAUGAAAUCAUCCUCGCUG